AUGCGUACUCCUGCACCGACCAAGCCUGUACAGUCUGUGGUGGCAAACCAGGGUGAGGUGAAUUGCCUGGCUUUCAAUCCUUUCAAUGAAUGGGUUGUUGCAACUGGUUCAACCAACAAGACUGUCAAAUUAUUUGAUCUUCGGAAGAUUGAUACUUCGCUGCACACUUUUGACUGUCACAAAGAGGAAGUAUUUCAAGUUGGAUGGAGCCCAAAGAAUGAAACUAUACUUGCAUCUUGUUGUCUGGGAAGGAGGCUGAUGGUUUGGGAUCUAAGCAGAAUUGAUCAGGAGCAAACACCAGAGGACGCGGAGGAUGGCCCUCCUGAGCUCUUGUUCAUUCAUGGAGGCCACACAAGCAAAAUCUCUGACUUCUCCUGGAACCCGUGUGAGGACUGGGUGCUUGCAAGCGUUGCUGAAGACAACAUCCUUCAGAUAUGGCAGAUGGCAGAGAACAUCUACCAUGAUGAGGAUGAUCUUCCCAGCGAUGAGCCGGCAAAGGCUUCAUGA